AUGAAUCUGAGAAAAUCGUUAACUAAGAAAAGCAUUCCUCUCAGCAACUAUGAAAUCUUGUUUGCUGUUCUGCUUGCAGUUUUUGUGUGCGUUUGUGCUGGAUUAAUUACACUUUCGUGGUUACUAAUCAUGGAGUUUCAACAAGGUGGAAAUAGUCACACAGCCACGGGGUCAUUUACAAUAAUGGAGGGAGCAUCAUUCAACACUAGUUUACAACAAAGAUCAUCACCCGUCUUCAAGGUCCUUGCCUUCGAUAUUCAACAAAUGAUAGAUGAAGUCUUUCAAGCAAGUCAGUUGAAAAAUGAAUUUAAGGGUUCUGAAGUUUUGCAGUUCAAAAAUGGCAGUGUUAUUGUGAUAUUCACCCUUGCCUUCACACAGUGGGUGUCUAAUGAGAAAAUAACUAAUGAAAUGGUUUCAGGUGUUGAAGCAAAGAAAGCCAGCUUUUUGCAUACAGUUAACAUUGAUGUGAAGAGCAUAACAAUUACAGCAACUACUGAAAAUGUCACUCCAAGCUACUCUCCAACCUCAUCAGCAGAUCCUGUGUUCACUACAAUGGCCCUUCCAACAACUUCAGGUUCAGCAGAACUCACUACCAGCAAAUCCUUAACAACUUCAGUGAACUGUUUGCCUCCUGAUGAACCUUGUGCUGAUACCAUGACCUGCAUAAAAAAAGACUUAUUUUGUGAUGGAGUACCAGACUGCCCAGACGGUUCAGAUGAAGCUGAAAAAAGAUGUGCCACAACUUGUGAUGGAAAAUUUGUGUUAACUGGCUCUUCUGGGUAUUUCAACUCUAUUAAUUAUCCAAAGCCCUAUAAUUCAAAUAUUAUUUGCCGAUGGAUUAUACGUGUGACUCGAGGGUUAUCCAUUAAACUAAACUUCACCUCUUUUGAAACGCAAGAAUUUGGAGAUACCUUGGAUAUUUUUGAAGGGACAGGACAAAGCAAGAUUUUAAAAGCAUCACUAUGGGGAACUAAUCCUGGUAUUAUUCGCAUCUUUUCUAAUGAAGCCACAGCAGAGUUUGCUACAGACUAUUCUGAAAAUUACAGUGGCUUUAAUGCAACGUACAGCAUAUUUAAUACAAGUGAGCUAAGCAAUAAUGAGAAAAUUAACUGCAAUUUUGAAGAUGGCUUUUGCUAUUGGACUCAGACAUUCAAAGAUGAUGGUGAAUGGGAGAGAAUCAGUGGACUUACCUUUCCUUUAAUGACUGGUCCUAAUUUUGACCAUACAUUUGGGAACCUAUCAGGAUUUUAUAUUUCAACACCCAUAGAACUUGGAGGUGGGCAAGCGACAGUCCAGCUUUUUAGUUUGCCUUUAGUUCCAGCUUCAGAUCCUGUCUGCCUAUGUUUUUGGUAUCAUAUGUAUGGUGUUAAUGUGUAUCGUUUAAGUGUUAACAUCGUGAAAGGUGACAUGAUGAGAGAGACAGUUUUCCAGAAGGAAGGAAAUUAUGGAAAUAACUGGAAUUAUGGUCAAAUAACAUUAAAUGAGACAUCUGAUUUUCAGGUGAUUUUUGAAGCUCACAAGAAACGUGGUCUAAGUGAUAUUGCCUUGGAUGACAUCAGUUUAACAAGUGGAAUCUGUAAAGAAAGCAUAUAUCCAGAACCAACUUUGGUUCCAACCGUCGCUACUACAACUUCACUUCCCACUGACUGCGGCGGACCAUUUGAACUUUGGGAACCAAACACUACUUUCAGCUCUAAAAAUUACCCAAACAACUACCCCAACCAAGCCUCCUGUAUAUGGUAUUUAAAUGCUGAAAAAGGAAAAAAUAUUCAACUUCAUUUUCAAUAUUUUAACCUGGAAAAUAUUUAUGAUGUAGUUGAAAUCAGAGAUGGAAGAGGAGCAGAUUCCUUGUUUCUAGCUGUUUAUACAGGACAAGCCUCUUUCCCAGAUGUCUUCUCUACCACUAACCAGAUGACAGUGUUCUUCAUUACUGACAAAACUGGAACUGCAAAAGGAUUUUUAGCAAACUUCACUACUGGUUACCACCUUGGCAUGCCUGAGACCUGUGGACACAGUGAUUAUCGCUGUGGAAGUGGAGAAUGUAUUCCGCUAGCCAACCUCUGUGACAAACUCAAGCAAUGUAAAGAUGGCUCCGAUGAAGCAGAGUGUGUACGUCUGUUUAAUGGUUCUUUAAGUGUCAGUGGGUUGGUACAAUUCAGGAUUGAGAAUAAAUGGCAUCUAGUAUGUGCAGAUUACUGGACUGAGCAGAUUUCAAACAAUGUUUGCCAACUGCUAGGACUAGGGAAUGUGAAUACAUCAUCAACCAAGUCAUCCAUUGGAGGUGAUUCAUUUGUAAAAAUCACUGAAGCAGAAAACCACAGUGUAAUAAUGACACCAAGCAAACAGUGUCUCAAUAAUUUAGUGAUUCAUCUGCAAUGUAACAAUAAACCAUGUGGAAAACCACUGAUAACUCAGAAGAAAAGUGCAAGGAUUGUAGGAGGAAAUGAUGCCAACAUAGGCGCUUGGCCUUGGAUAGUCUCACUACAUUAUAAUAACAGACAUUUGUGUGGAGCUUCCCUUGUCAGUGAUGAAUGGCUGGUCUCGGCAGCACACUGUGUAUAUGGGAGGAAUUUAAUACCAUCUAAAUGGAAUGCUGCACUUGGUUUGCAUACUGUUUUGAAUCUGACAUAUCCACAGACAGUAAUUCAAGUGAUUGAUCAAAUUAUCAUAAACCCCCAUUAUGAUAAGCGCACAAAAAACAAUGACAUUGCUCUGAUGCAUCUUCAAUACAAAGUAAAUUUUACAGAUUACAUACAGCCUAUUUGCUUACCAGAAAAGAGUAAGGAUUUUUUGCCAGGAAUUAAUUGCUCUAUUGCUGGAUGGGGUAAAACUACAAAUGAAGGUGCCCCUGCAAGCAUAUUGCAAGAAACGGAGGUGCCUCUAAUAACAAAUGAGAAAUGCCAACAACAGAUGCCAGAAUAUAAUAUCACUGGACAUAUGAUGUGUGCAGGUUAUGACAAAGGAGGAAUAGAUUCCUGUCAGGGAGAUUCAGGUGGACCCCUGAUGUGUGAAGACAAUGGCAGAUGGUUUUUGGCAGGUGUAGUAUCCUUUGGCUAUAAGUGUGCACUGCCCCAUCGUCCUGGGGUGUAUGUUAGAGUCACAGAAUUUGUGGACUGGAUUAAAAAAAUUAUUCAUUAGCUUGAUUUAAAAAUAAAAGUUUCAAGGUAAAUGUGGAGGAAAGAAGCAUAUGCAACAAUGUAUACCAAUGUAGCAUUCAACCAAUAAAAAAACCAAAUGAAAACUUGUCUAAACAUAAAUUUGCAGUAGAAAAAGUUGAAUAUCAAGAACUCCCAUCAUUAAUAAAAAGCAUUUCAAAGCAGCACUUUUAUCAGUGAUUCUUAGCAUUUUACAUAGAUUGUUAUAUAAUACCUGAUUUUACUGUGUCAACAUUAUUCAUUAAUAACUUGAAAAAAUAGCCAUGCCUGAUGCACUAAGAAAGCUUGUAUAACAAAGUUCUGGAAGCAAUACAAAAAAUAAAUUCCAGGCCAAAUAUGUUUGCAGUUUUUAUGCUCUCCUUCCCAAUGGGCAUUCUCAUUUCAAAGCAUAGUGAAUUCUGCUGAACACUUCCCACACAUCAAAAUGAGUUUCUACACUUGCUGUUUAAUCUGAGAUCAUGGCAGAUUUCAUAUCUCAACUAUUACAAAAAGCUUUGAAAUGAA